UACUUUUGGGUCACAUUUCGUUGUCCCCAUUUUACCUCUCUGUUACCUCCCUCCUCUCUCUUUCCUCCGGCGGGAGAAGAUAUCGGUCGUCUUCGCUCGAAUCCCUUCUUCGGCUCAUCGCCGGCAGGGAUCUCUCUCCUUGGACCUCCGGUUCCAGUGUACGCUCCUCAAUCCGGGCAGUACAGAAUCUAGCUUCUCAGUCACCAGAUUUUCCUUUUUUUUUUUUCUCUUAACGAUUGACAAUCCGUUCCUUCAUUUGAGUUUGAGUUGGGAUUAUUGGGUUAUCGCAACAUGUAUUCGAUCUGGGUUAGUCGUAGGAGGCUCAAUUAGCUGGAAGUUUUAGAUAUAGAAACCAAGGAACUGCUUCUUUUUAGUAGACAAGCAUACUCGUGCAUUGCACCUCCAGGAAUGAGUUUGGAGAAUGACGAUCCGUUACUUGAAAGAAGUUCUGAAACUCAGAGGAAAACUAAAGUAUGCUAUACGCGAGAUGAGCUUUUAUCUUUCAGCAAACUUUCCAACAAAUUGCCCGAUGAAUUUGAUGCUUCAGUUUUGAGUGAAUUGAAUGAAACGUCUAAUAGUGUAAAUGAGAGGCAACGAGGUUUUGGAGGCUUAACCUUUCAGAGCACGAAGCAUAGCGAUUUUACCUCACAACCACCAUACAGGUCAGAAGUUGCAGGGAGUUAUUCUCGAGGAACCUCUGGGAGAUGGGAUGCACAAUCCAACUAUAGAGAUGGGGACCUCCAAUCUAAUCGUGAAACAAAUACACAAGAUAUUGGACGACAAAUUGGAAUACAAUCCAGAUGUUAUGCUCAACAGGAUGAGCAUGAUGGACUUUUGGGCAGUGGUGCUUUCCCAAGACCUUCAAGUUAUGGCAGACCAUCAACAGAAAAAUCAAGGGCAACUAGCCAAUUUCAACUCAAUAAGACUUCUGAACCCUAUCAACCCCCACGGCCUUAUAAGGCUAUGCCUUUUCAACGGAAGGACAAUAGAGAUUCAUGUAAUGAUGAAACAUUUGGUUCAACUAAUUAUUCAAGUGAGGACAGAGCUGGAGAACUAAGGAGAAGAGAAUCCUUUGAGCUAAUAAGAAAGGAACAACGGAAAGCACUGCAGGAUAAGCAAAACAACCAUAAACACAAUCUUGAUCCUGAUAUUGCUACAUUGUUUGAGGAUUCUGCUGAUAAGAAAAGUACAAUCAGCAAAACUGACAAGGAAGAUGUUUCUUCACUAUCUAAAAUUCAAUCUCCUAGGUCUCCUUCUAUGCAUGCACCUGUAUCUCGGCCACUUGUGCCACCUGGGUUUGCUAGUACAGCAAUGGAUAAAAUCCUUCCCGUUCAAUCUAAUUGCUUUGCAUUAGAGACUAGUUUUGCUUGUACUGUCGACAACAAACAUCUUGAUAACACCUAUAAUGAUCAGGAAAAGGGACAACAAUUAGAUGCCUACUUUGAUGACAGCAUUAGAAAACAUGAAGUUGAUAACCUCUCAUCUAAGAGACCUAAUUUUCAGAAUGUUAAUGAAGUUGGGGAAGUGGCCAUAAUAAAUGAUGUUUUUGAUGAGAAAAAAGAGAAUUAUGUUGUUACAAAUUCAUUUGUGCAGAACAGUUCUGUCUCUAUUCUUGAAAAGUUACUCGGUGGUUCUCUACAAACUUAUGGUAGCUCAUCUGCUUCCUCUUCUAAUCAGGGUCUUAAGACGGAUGAAGAACCAUGGACAUCUUCAGUUUCUGUAUCUUCUAAGUUUGCAAGUUGGUUUGUUGAGGAAGAAAACAGGCGAUCAGAAGAUUUUUCAUCAAAGAAUUUACUUUCAUUGAUUGUGAAUAAUGAUAAAGUUGGCUCAUCAAAUUUUACAGUUUCUCAUGCCAAUGUAUUUGAACCCGGGAAACCAGGCAGUACUGAUAUAACUAAUACUACACUCAAAUUUGAUGUGUCUCCUACAACUGUUUCGGAAAUUGGGAUCUCUGAACAAUAUCAUCAAGUUGAUAAGCUGAAUUCAAGUCCUGUUGUACUUACAUGUGAGGACCUUGAGCAGUCAAUCUUGGCUGAUAUUGAAGGGGGGCCAAGUCUACAGCAUACGGUACAGGAACCUGAGACAAGAACAGGUGGAAAAUCAGAACAUCCAAAAUCUGAUAUUGACGAGCAUGUUUCGCAACAUCUUCUUUCUUUGUUGCAAAGGGGAACAAAAAAAGAAGAGACGGUGUCGGGGACUUGUGUAGGUGUUGAUUUCUUUGAUAAAUUGUCUUUGACUGGUAAAAGUUCUUUGAAUUAUCCAGUUCCUGAUAAGGGCAUUGUUGAGGCACCAUCCUGCUCAGAUAAGACCCUGACUCUUGAAACAUUGUUUGGGGCUGCAUUUAUGAACGAGCUUCAAUCGGCUCAAGCACCUGUUUCUACACAGAGAGUGGCAGAUGGUGGAACCAACACUUAUGCCUUCCAAUCAUCGGCUGGAUUUCCCGUUCCACAUUCUGAUGGUAGUUUCUUUUCUUCUAGUUCUGGAGAUUAUCAGCCAAAUAAACCUGUUCAUCACAGUGACACACUACCUCUAGGCACUGUCUCUUUUGACGAGAAAGUUGUCAACUUUCAUUUGCCAGGUGAACAAAGUUUGAUUAUUGAUAACGAUGCUCUGGAAUCUGCAACCUCAGAUUCUCUUUCCUUUCCUAAUACACGUAAAAAUGAGGAGCUGUUUUCCAAAAUGAAUGAAGGACAUCUUAAGGAUAGUUUGCGUAAUGCCAUUCCAAGAGGUGCAGAAGAUAUUCCAACAACCAUGUUGGAUGGCUCUUUUCAGAGGCCCCGUGACCUGGUAAAUGCUGGUGCUCUUCAUCAUCAUUUGCAGGGAAGGACAUUAUCUCAUACCGUCAACCACGCUAUUCCUCUACACCCAUUGUUGAAUCAUCUCGCUAAUGGGGAUGAGCAUAUGAAGCAUGUUAACCCCCAACAGAAUUUUCAUGACCCUCAAAAUUUUCUUGAAAAUCUUGUUCCGCAUAAUAGUUACCAUGUUAAUGCCCCACACAUUGAUCCUGCUUCUUAUCACUUGAUACAGCAGUUGCCAAUUCCAGGAAACUUCCCACAGCAAUUGCCCCAUCAAGGGUUUUCAGGAGGUAUGCAAUUACCUCAUCAGAUAAAUCACGUGCAAAGCUUUGUACCAGAGACAAACAAUAUGCAUAACAUUGCAUUACCACAUCAGCAGUCUAACUAUGGUAGUUUCGGAAUGGGAAUACCAGGAGCAUUUGUUGGUGGUGGAGGCGGUGGCAAUCAUCCAGAUGCAUUUCAAAGGCUGAUGGAGAUGGAGAUGAGAGCUAAUCAAAAGCAUGCCCACCCUGCAGCUGCAGGCCACAUUCCCAUUUGGUGGUGGUGUAGCUUUGGUGUGCGCUGUUCUUUUCUCGCUUUGGGUGGCAUCUAUCGUAUCUCAAAUAUCUUCAACCAAAGACUUCAGCAGAUUCAGAUGACCGUGGGGAAACAGAGAGACUUCCAUGUUCUGUAUAGGUAAGCCAGCCAAGGGGUUUUUCGUUUCCGCUCAGUGUCAGUUGAAACCUAGACUUUCAGAAGUUGCUCGCUCAUGUAACAUGUAAAUAUGCUGUGUCAGAACCGUGUCAGAACUUUCUUCGGAGAUUGCUACCCAAUCACUUUAACAUUUCUCAGUUGUUUGCUUAUGGUAUCUGGUUAUCUCAUGCCAUUGUCUUCA